ACCCAAACUAUCUAGAUUUGCUAAAAUAACAUAAUAUCUCAAAUACCCAGUUUAUGUUAUUCACACCGAACCAAAACCCCUGAAUCCAAACCUAGAUGAGAAACAAAACACCCAAGAGCCCUUCCAACUUUACUAAAUUCCUUGCCCUUCUCUCUCGCGCCACGCAAUCUUCCUUCUAUUUAUACACAAACAAGCCUCUUAAUUAAGUUGGCUGCCGCAUGGGCGGGCGGCAUUUAUUUUUCUUUCUUAUUCCGUCAGCAGGACUACUGUUGACUUGUAGAUAUAUAUAUAUAUAUAUAUUUGUUUCUUAACCAACACUAGACUCUAUAUUAAACAACCAUCACUACCAUUAUAUCCCACUUCUCCUGCCUUUGAUAACUGGAGAAAUUAAAAAAGGCAGCGGAGAAAGAGAGAUGGAAACAGCAGGCUCAAGCUCUGAUGAUCAGGGGAUGGUGAAGCUGAGUCCAGAAUCUCGGUUGUUCCAUGCACCGCGUUUCAACUGUCAUAUAAUAGCGAUUAUCGGUUGCAAGACCAGCAUCAAUCCUAGCGUUGUGAAGCUUGGAUUAGAGCAGACUUUGAUUAAGCAUCCUCGCUUUUCCAGCAAACUUGUAGUUGAUGGCAGGAAUAUGAAAUGGAAUCCAACAACAGUGAAUCUGGAAGAUCACAUUAUAGUUCCAAAUUUGGAUGCAGACAUAGAAUCCCCUGACCAAUUUAUUGAAGACUACAUCUCCCAUCUCACCACAAUUCCUAUGGACCUUUCCAAGCCAUUAUGGGAACUUCACAUCAUCAACCUGAAAACAUCAGAUGCAGAAGCUAUUUGGGUAUUCAGGAUUCACCAUUCAAUUGGUGAUGGUGCUUCUCUAAUGUCUCUUCUCCUGGCUUGUACCAGGAAAACAGAUGAUCCUGAAGCUCUGCCUAGCAUUCCUGUGAAGAAAAGGGCUGGUUCUAGCUUUAGCCCUUCAUCAGAUGGGCUGGUCUGGUGGUUCUUUUUGAGUAUUUGGAAGAUAUUGAGAAUGAUUUGGAAUAGUUUGGUGGAUUUGGUUUUGUUUUGUGCAACAAUUUUGUUUUUGAAAGACACAAAGACUCCUCUUAAAGGUCCACAAGGAGUUGAUCUUAAGCCUCGGAGGUUUGUGUAUCGCUCGGUUAGCUUGGAUGAUAUUAAGCUGGUCAAAAAUAAAAUGAACAUCACAAUAAAUGACGUCAUAUUGGGAGUAACACAAGCAGGUCUGUCGCAAUACCUCAAUCGGGAAUAUGGUGAAAAUAAGAAAGAUGGUGAAACACAACACAACAAAGUUAAUCUCCCCAAAAGCAUCCUCCUUAGGGCAACGGUUCUUGUUAAUUUAAGACCAACUCCAGGAAUUCAGACAUUGGCGGAUUUGAUGAAUAAGGAGUCGAAUGUGAAAUGGGGAUGGGGUAAUCGGCUGGGAUACCUUGUCCUGCCCUUCACCGUUUCCUUACAAGAUGAUCCAUUACAUUACAUUCGACAAGCUAAAGCUACAAUUGAUCGGAAGAAGCUCUCACUCGAACCCUUUUGCACUUUUCAAAUAGCCAAGCUCGUACUCUUCACCUUCGGAGUUAAGGUUGCUGCAGCUAUAGCUCACAGGUUUCUUUCCAAUACAACAUUGGCAUUUUCCAGCGUUGUUGGUCCGCUAGAAGAAGUUAGCUUUUAUGGUCAUCCUUUGGCUUUCAUUGCUCCCAGUGUUUAUGGGCAUCCUCAUGCACUGACGGUCCAUUUCCAAAGCUAUUUCAACAAGAUGACCAUUGUUCUUGCAGUUGAUGUAGAUGUGAUUCCUCAUCCGCACAAGCUCUGUGAUGAUUUAGAACACUCUCUUAAUCUCAUCAAGGAUGCUGCCCUGUACAAUAAGGAACUUGAUGCUGUCUAACUAAUUAGUUCUAGGAAUUGUAACUCUAUUUAUUACUUUUUAAUAUUAUAGUUUUUGUUGAUUUUAUUUUUUUAUACAUAUUAAAAAAUGAUAAAAAAUAGUUUAAAAUAAAGAAAAUAAAUAAAUAAAAAGAUGUAAUUAUUUUCUGUUA